UCUCCUCCCCACAGAUUUCAAUUUGCAUGGGCUUAUCUAAGCUUCUGUGUGUGAGUGAGUCAGCUGCACUCUCAGCACCCAGGACAUCACUUCCAGUCAUUGCGGGGGACGACGCAUCGCUGAUAUUAUUUAGCAAAGUUUCAAACCAUAACCUUGGUGGGUGCUCUGGGAGAAGAGGCAGACUACUAUGGGCUCCAGCUCCUCCUGUUACGCCCCCAGAACCAUUUACCUUGAUGUAAAUGGAAGAAUGCAAAAGGUGUUGUUCAGUCGGCACUGCAAUUCGUGUGACAUCAAAGAGCUUCUAUGUUCCUCAUCCAAUAUUCCCAGGAAUACGGCCAUCACACUUGUGGGUCCAGAAGGUGCAAUGGUCUCCAUCGAUCCUACCAUGCCUGCCAACUCUCCAAACUCUUUGUAUAAAGUUGUCCCUUUGUCUACCGCUCAGCCUGGAGACAAGGAAGACCUGGUUGAGAAUGUGCUGUCCCAGGUGGCCGAGCAGUUCAGCAGAGCUUUUCAGAUUAAGGAGCUGAAGACUGAGGUCAUCAACAGACUGGCAGUGUUGGAGAAGAGAGUGGAACUGGAGGGUCUGAAAGUUGUGGAAAUUGAGAAGUGCAAAAACGAUCUGAGGAAACUUCAAGAUGAGAUGAGCACGAAACACGGUGGCAGGGUAAACUGUCCCUGCAAAUCAACCCUCUUAGACGAUGGCAGGAAGGUCACUCCAAGAAGAGAUGUCCCCAGUUAUCCAAAGUACACACUCUCUCAGGAGACCAUUGAUGCGUUAAAGAAGCCAACAUUUGAUGUCUGGCAUUGGGAACACAAUGAGAUGCUGAGUUGUCUGGAGUACAUGUACCACGACUUGGGCCUAGUGAAGGAAUUUAACAUGAACCCCAUCACACUGAAGCGCUGGCUGUUGGCAAUUCAGGAGAACUACCGCAACAACCCCUUCCAUAACUUUCGCCACUGCUUCUGUGUUAGUCAAAUGAUGUAUGGCAUGAUCCACCUCUGCAACCUGCAGGAGAAGCUGACUCUCACAAAUCUGGGAAUUUUAAUGACAGCUGCAGUGUGCCAUGACCUGGACCACCCUGGUUACAACAACACGUACCAAAUCAAUGCUCGGACAGAGCUGGCAGUACGCUACAACGACAUCUCCCCCCUGGAGAACCAUCACUGUGCCGUGGCCUUUCAGAUACUUUCUCUUCCUGAGUGUAACAUCUUUGCCAACGUGGAUCCAGAAGCGUUCAAAAAGAUCCGCCAGGGAAUAAUCACUCUCAUUCUGGCCACCGACAUGGCCAGACACGGGGAAAUACUUGAGACUUUUAAGCUAAAUGUGGAUCACUUUGACUUCACCAAUGAAGAGCACGUGGCAAGUCUUAAAACGGUUAUGAUCAAGUGCUGUGAUAUUUCAAACGAGGUGAGACCAGCCGAGGUUGCUGAGCCAUGGGUGGACUGUUUGCUGGAAGAGUAUUUCAUGCAGAGCGACAGGGAGAAGUCCGAGGGCCUCCCAGUGGCCCCUUUCAUGGACAGAGAUAAAGUCACCAAACCCACUGCACAGAUUGGAUUCAUCAAGUUUGUGCUGAUUCCCAUGUUUGAGACAGUCAUGAAGCUUUUUCCUCAAAUAGAGGAGAUCAUGGUUCAGCCUUUAAGAGACUCCCGUGACCACUAUGAGGAGCUGAAGCAGCUUGAAGACGCCAUAUCAGAGGAAUCACCAUUUAUGAUUAAACUCAAGAAAGACUUUGAGAAAACAAGAAUGAAGCCCCAGUGAAGACAACUGCAAAAGGAUGGACAAGAUGUUAAAAAAAAAGAAAAAAAAAAACUAAAGACUAAAGAGAGCAAACUGGAAUGAAUUUCAGCUUUCAUCUCAAUUUUCUUUCCUGAAUGUCACUAAAUAGACCUGUAUUAUUUUGUAUAUAAUGUUUAUUUUCCUUUAAAAUUUUUGUUUGGGUUUUAUUCAUUUGUGCAUUUAUUUAUUCAUUUAUUUAUAUUUGUAAUAGUAUUAAUUACUUAGUUCCUAUGGAAAGAAAAAUCUACUUUUAAAUAUUUGGUUAUACUCUACUUAAAAAAAGUCAUCCUUUUUAUGACAUAACACUAUGUAGUCUCAAAGUAAAUUAAAUAUAGCAUAGGAUGUUCUCUGAAAUUGUUCUGAAAGCUCACAUUUCAAAAACUGGUUGUUUAAUGUAUGAUGUCCUCUGAGUCUGUAUAUGCAGUUGAAUGUCUGUUGGAACCUCUGAUUUGAUUAUAUUGUUUUCAGGGCGCAAGAAUUUCUGGUCAUUUUCAUCUGUAAAUGAUACUUUCCCUUAAGCAUUUGCAAAUAACAACACCUGGUUAUUAUAAAAAGCUUUUCUUCUAUAAAUUUAGUGUAUAGGGAGAAUAGGGAUGUGUGUUUAACGUAGGUAUCGGUUGAAUUGUAAACACUUUUAACCUUAACAUUCCAUAGGAUGAUCUCUGUGAUGUAGUCUAAAGUUAAAAAAAUAUUUUAUCAACUAAAAUCAAAGUAGAAAAAAUGGGAAAUAUAUCUGCUGUGAGUUUGUACUUUAUCUUUGUUCGAUAAACUCCACAGAUUUAAGACAAAGACACAAAGGAAAACAUGGUAAAAUGAAAGGAAACUAUGUGUGGUUUCAUGCAUCUGCAGCUAAAUGGACCCAUGGAUUAUAGCACCAUACCUUUCAUCACAUCUCACUAGAAAUAUAAAUUCCUGUGUGUGUUGUAUUACUAUGGAGCACAACACAUGAUGGAGUAUGUCUACUACCCAACUUAAGCCAUUUAGUUGCCAUAUUGAACAACCUUUCUGACCACCACCCCUCACUCCCCAGCCACUGUAUUUUUUAUUAUUUUUUUUUUGUAAAUGUGACAAAAUCUAGGAAGGUUUUCUAAAGUCAUUGUUUGACUUGGUGAUGUAUUUGUUGCCUACCCAAACGUAGGACAAUUUAGCAGCUGCUCUUCAUUUAACACUAAAUAGACCCUUUAACACCAGAGCUUUAACUCCCGCGUUGACAUUCCUUUGACUACCGUAACUCUUAAACCGUUUAUGCUACUAAUGUCAUUCCAGCGGAUUCAGAUGCAGAGAAAAGCAUCUUUGCGUUGAUAUGCAACACUUUACAGUAGUGAAGUGCUCAUGCAAGCAAUGUAAAUCAGCUGAUUCUGUCGCGGAGAAAAACGGGUUUGCAUCAAUGUUGAUUGCAGAAACAGUUGAAGAGUUACGGUAUGUCAAAGCAAUGUUAAAGGUUUCAAAUAUGCAUAGUAAAAAAAGAUGGAUUUGACCUCACAAAAGUAUUACCAACAUAUUUACAGAAACCAGCGCCAACAUAUUACGGUACUUUUACUAAAUUAGCAUUAGAUUACUCCACAUCAAAAUAUGGAACUGAAAGACAACCCUAUACUAUUCUUUUCUUAAAAAUGCUGGGCAUAGAAAAGAGAAAAUAUUUCAAUAACCUGUCAAGUAAAACUGGUUUGUUUUAUAAAAUGACUUCUUCUUUUUUGCCAUAUGAGAUCCGUUAUGGUCCCAUCUAUUUUAGUGAAACUAUUUUUGUUGCUUUCCCAAUGAAGAAAAAAAAAAUCUUGUGUAAGUAAAACACACAAGACUGUACAUGCACAAGGUUAGCAUUACCAAACCUUCUUCACUGUCAGAAAAACAAAUCUACCCUAACUACUGUUGCAUAUUUACAUAUACAAAGGCAAAGCAGCAUUUUCAUGUCAGCUAAAAGCUCCUUCAAACACUGUUUUGCAUUCAUUUAUAAUGUUUUCAAUCAAGCUUUUGAUUGAUUGAUAUUUUAUUGCCACAUUUUAGUCUGAAGUUAGAUUACAGGGAGCAGUAUGUGGAAUUAUCUAUAUUUAAGUGCUAUCCAAAGGUGCCACUUAUUCUUCUCCUAUACGCACGCACCCACAAGCACGCACAAACAAGCACGCACUCACCUCUGCUCUAACAACUUCCCUGUUAACCAUAUCCGAUGGUGGUAAAAUUCCUUCGGCAACUCCCCAAUUUUUUUGUGACUGUUUUUUUUUCCCAACAGGUUGUAAAUUAUUUUGUUAUCACAUCUCCAGCAAGUCUCAUCAGCGCCAAAUGAAUACCACCUGCAUGGCUCUAAUGAAACCACGCAGCCAGUUAUGUAGCAAAAUUUAUGAUCUCUAUUUAAAGUCACUUUUUUUCCUCUCAAACUUUAAUAAAUCUUUUUAAUUCACUUUUUUCCCCAGACCUUAUGUUUUUUUUUCUGCAGCAAUGUUGAUGACAAUCUCAGAGUAACAAAAAUGAAAGCGCAACUGUUCUUGAUGAGAUUAAAGAAGCAAACAAA